AUGUUUUUUCAAGUUUUCACUUUAUUAAGUUUCUUUCUGCUGGAUGCAGCAAUUGGUGUUCCAGUUAGACAAAAGAGAACCACUCAAGAUGCGCCCUGGAUUAAUCCAUGUGUUUCUAACGGCGCAAGUGGUGGUCAAGCUUUGCCACCAGGACUCCCUUCACCACCUACACAAGCGUCACCUAGUGUUAAGGAAUUAAUAGAAACAUUUCGAUACAGAAUAGAUGAUGCAGCAACCAAAUCAAACAGCCUAAGACAGACUAUGUUUACCGAGCGGAUAGGCAGUCUCCAACUCGAGUCAGUUUAUAAUGGAAUGCACAUUGAUGGUAUGCCGCUGAUUUCGGACAUUGAAGAAUGGCAAAAUUCUAAUGAUACAACCAAAGUAGUGAAAGCAGAUUAUAAAAGUUUGUCGAAAAUACUGGUGUUUAUGCAUCAAGUAAAAUUGGAUGAAAUAGAACAUAACAAUAGUACCCUUAAGAGAUAUAUAGAAGAUACAAUUAAUGAUAUUUAUAAUAGUUUAUGUACAUUACAUAAUCUCUUGUUUUGUCUGAAUGAUUCCAUUGACAGUCACGUGACUCGUGACAUCAUGCCACAAAGCCAACGAGAGAUCGUGUUAGUAUCGCUUCGCAAUCAACGAGAUUAUGUUAUUGCCAAGGAUACGAUGCAUUUUUUAUUUGCAUUGAAGGAUAGUUAUAUAUCCAUUUUGUCUCAAAUGUAA